UGAUAUCAAAACAAAGAAAAAAUACCACCAUAACCCAGGCACACAAGAAACCACUGCUUGCAUUUUUCUGUGGCUAAGUAGUAGGAUUUAAUUUUAAAUGAAGAAAAUAUUGCUGAUGUAUUAUUCCGGUGGCAGAGUGGUGGAUAAUCCUGUGCCUGGCAAAAUGGAGCUCAAGGCCAUGAGCAGGUACACCAGCCCCAUAAACCUGGCUCUCCUCCCCCAUCUCACCAUGGUGCUGUUGGCCACCGGCAUGUUCUUUACUGCCUGGCUCUUUGUUUAUGAGGUUCCCUCCACCAAGUACAAUAGGGAUGUCUAAAAAGAGCUCCUCGUCCUUGUGGCCUCGCUCUUCAUGGGCUUUGGGGUCCUCUUCCUGCCUGCUCCGAGUGGUGUCUACAUAUGAGCUCCCAAGGGUUCCAAUCUGCUGGUGUCACUGAAUUCCUGCUUCUGUAAAUUAAUUUUUUUUUUUUUUUUUUUUUUUUUUUUUACUAUUGCUGGAAGUGUCCUACCUGCUGCUUACAAUAAAGAAAGAUGUGUGACCAAAAGAAGAAUUAAGAAAGGGGCAUCUGGGUGGCACAGUCAGUUGAGUGACCA